UAUUGGCAUUGUGACUUGUGCCAAGCCGUGGUGCUGCCGCGUGCAGGACCUGGCGGACACGCGGGGGCUUCAUCCGAGUCCGUGCCGUCGUCGCGCCGCCUGCGCUGCCCGCGUAGGCACCGCCUUGGACCCAGGGUCACUCGCCACUGCCUGGCUCCGGCGCCGCGGCGGCGGCGCAAACCGCACGCGUCGUCGGCCGUGGCAUCAACAACAAAGCAAACAAACCAUGGCGACGCCCGCGCCGACGCCCAAGCCUACACCUCAACCCACGCUCGCGCCGACCCCGGAAACCUGGUCCGGCGACUCGCUGUACGUGGCCUUCUAUUUGAGUUUUGGGUUAUUUUGUUGUUUACUCGUAUUGUUCGACGUCCUCCGCUUGAAGAUGUGGUGGGUCUACGAGCCGCGAUUGGUCCACAAGAAGUAUCAAGCCCCGAAGACGCCAGACGCGCCCCCUCGCUAUCCUUUAGGAUGGUUGGUGGCCGUCCUGCGGAGCUGGCCCGACGAGACGUUUUUGAGGUAUUCGGGAGUGGAUGGGCUCGUGAUUAUUUACUUUUUGCGAUUUGCCACGAACCAAUGCUUCUUCUGCACGAUUGUUGGGCUUCUGGUCUUAGUACCGUCCUAUAGGACCGGGAGAGGUUUAGCGGCUCUAGAAGACUCAGAGAGGGGAGAUAGGUGGUCCUUUUCGCUCAAUACCGUAUUAAACAUCAAGUGUAGAUUUCCAGUCAACGACGACGAGGCCGAAGAAGUUCGGGACAACUUGCCCCUGUUUCCCGGGUGUGCGAACGGGCAUUCGGACUUUCGAUUCAUACUUAUUGUUUUAUGUGCGUGGCUGUUCACGCUACGAGCGCUGUCGGGUCUAGCGGCGAACUAUCAAAGAUUUAUGCACCUGCGGCACUGGUAUUUGACAUCUGGCCUUAGUUCACAUCGAGAUGCGGACCCGGUCGACGCUCAGAGAGCUUUGACGGUCAAAGUCGAACGCGUACCUCCUAGAUUGAGAUCAAGAAAAGCUCUUCGACGAAAAUUUGAACAUUUGUGUGGCGCGGGCACGGUGCAUUCGGCCCAGCCCAUGGUCGGUGACUUAAGAGAACUAAAUAAGCUCGUGGCGAGGCGAGAUAGAGCGCAUGCCGCUUGGGAAGAUGCGAAGCAAAGGGGCGCCAAGCUCGCGAGAGACGCGGAGAAGAAGCUCGUCAAGCGGCAUGGGGGAGACGCCUUGUCACGCUUGCCUCCUAGACCUAGAAGUCCGUGGCGGCGCGUGCGGAACGCGAUUUGGUUUCAAGAUUUGGAGACAUUGCAAGAGCCUGUACAACGAUUGGACUUUGACGACGAGGAGUCGCCCUCGGAAGCGGCUCGUAGACGUAGUGUCGGGGCGCGCCAAGAUAGCACGGAGCGAGGUAAAGCGAUAGAAGACGUCUCGCGGGAGGCGACAAGACGCCUAUCCUACGCCAUCGAGGAGACGGACUCCGAAGCUACCAGUACAACAUUGGGCGACCUGAGUCCGAGACCCCAGAGACGAUGGUUUUGUAGGAAGAGGCGCGACGCGCGAGUGCCAGUCGUACAACAUCUAACUAUAGGAUGUUGCGACGUCGGUCCUUCCUGCUCAUGCUUGCGUGGUGUGCUGCCGGACGACUACUACGUGGAUAGCGUACCGUACUACGAUCGACUGGUCAAGGAUCUGGAUUUAGCGAUCCGCCGAGAACACUUCGCGAAAAUGAAUAAAGUCAUGCAGGAACCUCGGCGCGAGUGGUGGUUGAGGCCUUCUGCUCCUCAAACAGUGGAGAAGAAGUGGAAGACCUGGCGGGGCUGCUUUUGGAGGGUGGACGACGAGUUGUCGUCAGAUGAUGAUGAGGAGCAGGUCCAGACGCGAGGGAGAUUACCUAGCUGUAUUUUGACGCGGGACGGGCGGGGCUGGUCCGAAACCAGUGUUACGGUCCAUGAUUCGCCGGGAUCUGAUCGCGACGCGAUGCGUCGGAGAGACGCCAGAGAAGAGGCGAACAAACGCCUCAAAAAAAGACGAGAGAAGGGCUGGAAACGAAUUGUCGGGAGGGGCACGGCGACCGGUCAUUGGCUCGUCACGAUCGCGUCGCUACCCUUCAGAAGCUCAAUAAAAGACCUGUGUCGAAGGUCGAAAGAGUAUAUAAAAGACUAUCCCUACAUGUCAACUUUCGACGCCCUGAAAGAUGGGUUGUACUCAUUAUUGAUUACCUUUUUAAGGAUCGCAUUGCCUUGUAGUCCACAUAUCGACGAAGCGAGUGUGCAGAUGGAGGGGUUUCGACCUAGCAGUACCGCCUUCGUCACCUUCACGAAACCGACGGCGAAGCUCGAAGCGAUCCAUUCCUUGCUGGCCGCCCAACCGUUUGCGAUGACGGCUCGAGAUGCGCCCGAACCUCGAGAUGUUAUAUGGGAGAACGUUUUUUUACCGACUGAAGCGGUUACGAGACGAAAGUGGGUCAUCGAGCUGGGACUGGGGGCCUUGACGAUCUUCUGGGCUACUGUUGUCACGUUCUGCUCGUCUUCCGCAAUCCUAGCGGAUAAGUUGUUCGGGUUUGACCCCGAGAGCGCGACGGCGCGGGCGUUCGCUUCCAUAAUUCCUAUCCUGCUCUUGUUGUCUAUUUUGAAUUUACUACCGUUGAUCUUCCAGACGAUCGCGCGCUUCUACGAGCGGCUCAAGUCGCAUUCGGAAGUCGACCUGUCAGUGGUGGAGCGUUUUUUCCGAUUUCAGUUCGUGAAUGUCUACGUGGCCAUAUUCAUCACGGCCAUACUUGAGCAUCUACAGCAGGCCUGGCAGUCGCCACUAGCGUUCGUCCAGAUGGUCGGGCAGGGCACGCCCCGCGUGUCCUUUUAUUUUGCGAAGUUGUUAGCGUUUCAGUGUGGGGCCUCACCACUAUGGUUAUUGAGGACCUGGCCCCUCGUUUCUCGUGGAUUCAAGUUCUACACGGUCCAGCCGCCCGAACUACCAGGCAUGCUGUACGGCUGGGCCUUCCCGAAGGUGAGUCUCGCUAUCUCGGCGCCGCGACUCUGACACGACUUGACCUUGGAUUGCCACGCAGGUGAUGAUGACGUUCACGAUCUUUUGCACGUUCUGGGUCUUCGCGCCGGUCCUUUCUUUUUUAGCGUUGAUCUAUUUCGUGCUCGUGCAGUGCGCGUUUCGCUAUUUGAUACUGUACGUGCACAUGCCGGUGUAUGAGUCCGGUGGGCUGUUCUACUAUCGCAUGGUCGACCGGGUGCUGUUCGGGCUGACGGUGUCCAACAUCGUAGUGUUGUUCUGGCUCGCGUCCGUGAAAUUGUGGGGCUACGCCGUGAUGGUCGCGCCCAUCCCACUGAUCGUCGUGGCCUUCGGGCGGUUCGCGCGCGAGGCCUACGAGAAGCCGUCUCGGGAACUGCCUCUGGAUGAAUCGAGAUUUAGGGACCAUUCCGUCCAGAGCGAGGUCUCUCAAAGAUUUGAUGCCGCGCUGUACACGCAGCCGGCGUUGCGGGAUCGGGGCGAUUUGGACGCGGACGCGGAGCUCGCGGCGAUGCUAAGAGGCGACGAAGACGUCGAGGACGAGCCCAUCAAACGGAAAUGCUGCGGCCGGCGCGCGAGGGAGAAGGAGGAGGAGGUGCGCGCCGUGCGGCGCGCGUCGUUGGCUGGAAGACGCAUGACGCUGCGGGUCCCGGACGCGCAGCAGCCCUACGAGGCCUCGAGGGAGGAGCGGCGGCGCGUGUCCGCGCGGCUGUCCAUGGCGUACCGGGGCGAGGCGGACUUCUUCGUGGGCGGCGAGGACGCGAAGGAGGCGCCGGCCGACGAGACGCCCUCCCCGCAAGACGGCGCCUUCUUCCCCCCGGCGGACACGACGCCGCCGGCCGCGGCCGACGAGCGGGACGCGGCGCGGUCCGCGCUGCGGCGGCUCCAGGAGAUGGACUCCGGGUCAUCGGACCUCGCGACGCAGCCCACGGACGAGCCCGACGUCUUCGUGAAGCCGCGCGCGCGGCGCGUCGAGCUCGUCCCCACGCGGCCGGCCGGCGCGCCCAUGCCGCCGCCGCCGCCGCCCCCGGGCCCGCCGCCGCCCGGGCCGCCGCCGGACACGACCACGCUGUAA